AUGAAGCUUUUAAAGAGCCUUUAUGGCGAUGAGGAGCCUUACGUCAAGAUAGAAAACGGAACCACGGUCAUGGGUUUUAUUUGUAAACAAGGGGUCAUGGUUGCCGCCGACCAUUCAUUUUGCUCUGUCGACAAUAUUAUAGCUCUUAAUCCUCGGAUGCUUAUCGCUAUUACCGGAGACAUUAAGGCAGGAUCUUUACUCCCAGAUCUGAGGAGCAAGUACCGUCAGGAUGAACUCACGGACAGUAGAAUAAGAAGUUCUGUUGUCAGAGCAGCAUUUUGGGUGAAGAACACUAUGCCUUCCCUCAACACUGAAGGUUUGCCGUUACAAAUACUGAUUGCAGGGUGGGACGAAACUCUUAAGACGUGUUUUUACGCGGGAUCUGGUUAUCCAUCUGCUCAUGUUAGUUUGUUUCUCGGUGAUAACGGCAAAAGUCCUCUCAAGAUGUCCUUUGUUGAAGCUUCAAAAUAUGCAAGAGAUUCUAUUGUUAAGGCUGCUUCUGCAGUUGCUGAUAAAGAUGAUGGAUGCGGUGGUGAUUUUGGUGGUUUUGUCAGUGCCUACUGUGUUGGAGCUGAUGGGUGUAAAGUGGCCUUUUACAAUGACGAUGUAUUAGCAGCAGCAGCAGCAGCACUAAAACAAGACGUAGCUUCUUAA